AUGGAGGAAAUACGUCAAAAUAGCAAGUGUCAAGAUUUCAUUGGAGUUUUAUAUGGAUGUAUGCAUACGGGUAGAACAAUGGAACCUGUAACACGAGAAAGACUUCGUCUGCUACAUCAAAAGAUAUACAGAUUGUUGGCAGGUCUCCCACGUUGUCAAGCAAAGUGCAGCACUGUCCAUGAGUUGAGAUUUAACAACAAACUUGAUGAUAUUUAUAAGGAUGACUUAUUCUCUUCCAUUUACAAAUCUAUACGUGAGGGAAUAACAGCUGUGUUAAAUGAAACGCAAAUUCCAUUUGAACGCAAACUUAGUAAAAUUUGUGACUACUUAGAAGAUAUAGUUGAGGAAAACAGAUCUUUUAGAAGGGAGUUAGACAGAGGGGAGUUAAACAGAACAGACAAUUCGAAGUUUGGGAAAGCAAAAAAUUGUUUAACACUUGCACUACUUGUGGUUUUAGGAUGGAAAUAUUUCGUACCGCACCACGAAUCGUUUACAGGGUACCAUUCUCCAUUUCUAGUUGGCAGAGAGUGGUUGUUUGAAAUAUUAGAGAGGAAACUAUUACAAGAUGAACCAUCUGGCAGCGGUAUCGUAUCUGUUGCAGAAUUCGGGUACGGAAAGUCUGCCAUAAUUUCCAAUUUGCUAUGCGCCAGACCGGGUGAAAAGGGAAGAAGUUUAAAAGAACACAUAGCUGCAUUUCACAUAUGUAAAUACGAUGUGUCUAGCACGCAGUCACCUGAGAGAUUUAUCAGGCGUUUAGUAGGGUUAUUAGCAAUGAGUAUUCCAGAAUACGGCAAUAUUGAGCUAGAUGCGUGCUUUGAUCAGGCGUUUAGAAUUCCAUUUAAAAAUAUGACAUCAGAAUAUUCUACAAAGAUUGUGGUAAUAGACGCUCUUGAUGAAUGUUUUCACUCAACAAAAAACGAAAAUUUUAUUUUAAAUUUGAUAUCGAGACGAUUAAGAUAUUUUCCAAAGUGGGUCAAAUUUCUCAUAACAAGUAGAGACAUGGUGCAACUGAAGUCUUUAAAAAAGUUAGAGAUAUUAAAUCUUUUAGCUAACGCCUCAAACAAUAUUCAAGAUAUCAAAACGUAUAUUGAAAAAAUUUACCAUAAAAAGUCAAAAAAAUUUUAUUCUGAUAUAAAACAGAAAAUACUGGAAAAUGGUGAAGGCAUCUUCCUUUACAUUUUUCAUGCACUGCAAUAUGUGCAGAGUCCUGAUUUUAAUGGCGAGUUGCCUAAGCUACCAUUUUUAUUGGAGGAUAUGUAUGAACUUAACUUUGAUCGACAAUUUCAAGGAGGUAAUACCUACAGCAAUGCCAGACUUAUUCUCGAAAUUAUUUGUACAAGUUUAACUCCUCAAAAUAGAAAUGAUAUAUAUGACAUACUUAUAAAUAGUGAGGCAACCAAGAUAUCAUAUAAAGACUUUGAACGGGAAUUUGAACAACUUUCUUACUUUAUAAAGGCUGAAGAUGGCGUAAUUUUACGCCAUGAAGCAAUGUACUGUUGGUUAGUUUAUUCAGCUCCUGGCAGGUAUAAAGUUACCCUUACAAAGGGACAUGAGCUAAUUUCAAAACACUUGCUUAGAGCGGUUGAGAACAAUGGUACUGGUGAUAUUAUUGCACUAGUAAUUCAUCUAAGCAACUCCAAAAUUGUGGCUCUGCGAAAGACAUUUCAUUCAUUCAAUAUGAAAAAGGUGAUGUCUUUCAAAGAGGAAGAAGUUGUACACAAUCUGAUAAGUAAGACCGAGUCUGAAGAAGCGCUUGAUUUACUUCUAUUUCAUCAUUCCAACGUUGAUAUAAUAGACAAAAAUGGGAUAAGUCCAGCAUUUCUAGCAGCAGCGAAAGGGCAUCUUAAACAGCUAAAAUUAUUGCUGCGGAAAGGCGCAAACUGUGAUUUUGUAGUGAAUCCUUGUAGGAAGUGUGAUACAAAGUUAAAUCUACGCGAUUUCAAAAAAAGAUAUAGAAGAGAUAAAAACAAUUUUCUAUUCUGGCUAUGGACUUCUUCACAUAGCAGUACAGCAUAGAUCUACAGAAAUUGCAAGGUAUUUGAU